UAUUUCAAGAAAUACAGAAAUAAAGUCCUUGCGAAACAAGGAUCAAAUUAAAGUUACACUUAAUCACGAAAUUGUUGGAAUUACGUUUGAGUUCCGACAGCACGUGAACGCCGCAACAGUCAUGUGACGGAUCACACGGACAGGCUGUAACAUAGACAUAUAAAGACCUACCCUCUUUAUAUGUCUGUGGGCUGUAAUGCAGCUGAGCUACAACUAGUACAAACAGACGAAGAAGAAGACGAAGAAGAAGAAGAAGAAGAAGAUGACGACAGCCGCUCUGACUGCGGGUCUGGAGCGGAUCCCGGAUCAGCUCGGGUACCUGGUUAUCAGCGAGGACGGUGUCCUGGCCUCUGCAGGUGAGCUGGAGAAUGACGAACACACAGCAGGUGUGAUAAUGCAAAUGGUUCGAACAGCAAGUCGAUUCAGAUUACCUGGAUCAGCAGAGCCACCCUUCAAACGCAUGUCAGUGAUUCUGGAGGAUUUCGUCUACACGGUCACGGUGUCUGGUCAGAAGGUUUUUGUGGUUAAACGUCAGAACAACCAGCAGGAGCCAAUCAGUGUUUAGAGGUGGACCCACAGGAAGUGAGGCUGAUGAUGAAGGUCAAAGGUCAGCGACAUCAGAGCGACCGGCAGCUGGACGUCAGCUUGUGUUCGAUUUAAAUUAAGUUUUGUAUGUUUGAAUUAGUCUAUUUAACCAUGUUAAUGUGUAAAUGGAAAUAAACAGAUUCCGUCUUGUU